UAUUGAAUGCUAUCAAUAGAUAAUCUUUCUUCAAAAUAAAAAGUUUUUUUGUGCCAUGCUUGAGUUCCACAUUUCAUAUUCAAUCGCGAAAACCCUGAGUCAUUCACGUAAACAGGCUAAUGGUAAGGGUCACAAAUCUAACUCACUAUCUGAAAGCACAACAGCAGAUGAUGUUCCUCUUUCAUCUAUCUCUUUCUUAUGCUUUCAUGUUCUUUAGAAUUAAGAAAUGACUAAUGUGUAAAUUGUUUUUAACAACAAAAUACCUUUAUUUUAUUUAAUUUUCUUUGAAACCAACAGAUUUGGUGGAAAAGCAAAUAAAUAAAGAAAGAAAGAAAGAGACAAAUGCUUUUGUCAUGCUUGCCACCUUUAUCCGUUGAAAAAUCUUUCUCCACCGCAGAUCCAGAAAAAAAUAUAAAAAUGUUUUUCUUUAUCCCUUUAGUUUUCUUCUUAUAAAGAGAUGUUAACACACAAGACAUUUCCAGAUAUCAGCUUUCUUUUUACUUCUUAGAGGGGACCAGAGAAUCAAUCCAUACAUAUAGUUGGUUCCACUUUUCUUGAAAAGUGAAUAAUUUUUCUUUCUCCAUUUGUAUGAUUCUGGUUUUUGAUCACCAACCAUCAUGUUCAGUUUCCAAGAAGAAUGGAUACCUACAAUUAUAUCGUCGUGAUCUUCUGCAUCGCCGUAUUUGGAAUCAAUUUAGUGUUUUGUUGUUUCACUUCCUUCUCUAUUCUUCACAGCCUUAUGACAGAGACAAGCGAGGAUUUUAGUGACCUGAGGAAGAAUCUUAUUGAACCGAGGGAAGUUAACCCGGAUGAGAAGGUGUUGAUUAUUUCAGUCUCGAGUAACCAAGGAUUCUCCGACUCCAUUGAUGAUGAUGAUGAUGAUUGUGGCCAAGAUUGCUCUCAUGAUAUUUGUGCUUGUUGAAGAAAGCAUAAAUCAAAUGGAGGUGCAGAAAGUUGUGACUAUAUUUUUUCUUAAUCUAAUUUACUUUUCAAGGUCUAUUAUUCUUUGGAGGCUUAGAAUUAAAGGCAAGGCUCCACUUAAGACGGGGAAAAAGAAGAGAAAACAAGUUGCACUCGUUGAAAGUAAUAGAGAUUAACAAAUACGUUGUUAGUUGACAAAAAUACCAAUUAUACGAAAUUUAAUUAAAGAAAGAAAAAACAAGGACAACGAAUAGCU